CUUGGUGGCCAAGGCUGGCUCAAUGGAGCCCUGCUUCACAACAUACAGAGAGAGGAAGAUCAUAAUGGAGUGUCUGUUCACCAUCAGCCACAUGCUGGGCGACGCUCCAGAGGGAGAUCAGCAGGACCGGAGGGCCCAGGUCUGGUUUCUCAUAGCCAUCCCUCAGGCCUGUAAGGAGGCACUCCAGAGUGGGGAGCGAUGCCUCCCGUUCUGCAAGGAACAGGCAGCCCAGACCGUGCUGGACGAGAUGGACCAUAUUUCGGAGGACCCCGUACCCCAUCAUCUCUUCUCUCUGUGCACAGAGGCCAUCACCUUCUUGAGACGGAUGAAGCCCUGCUUCACAACCUACAGAGAGAGGAAAAUCAUAAUGGAGUGUCUGUUCAGCAUGGGCCAUGUGCUGGGCGACACUCUAGAGGGAGAUCAGCAGGUCCUCCAGAACAUGUUGAGGGAACCGCUGGCACAGAAGCCCUCCCUGGAGCAUCUCAUCCACAUGGUGGACGAGCUGGAUGUCCCAAUCCCACCCCAGGAAAACAUGGCUCUCCCUGAGAAAGGCCCUCCGGCCCAAAUGCAGCUGGGGAAGAAGCCUUCUCUGCCUCUCCCUGUGGGAAUCCCCAGCCAGAAGCCACCUCCUUUUGGACCUGCUCUGGAAAUCGUCGAAUUCUGUGGCGACAGAGGGCCCCCAGCAUAUGUUGAUGGACAACCUUGCAGCCAAAUUCAGACAAACUCCUCUGGGAGGAUUGAUGCAGACGUUGGACAACCUCGUGGCCCAAUUCAGGUUGUGCAGGAUCCAUGUCUUCCUGGCCAGAAAGACGAGCAGAGUAGCCCCCCUGGAUGCCCCAGGGCAGCCUAGAGCCACCCAGCUCGCUGCCGCCCGAUGGUGGUGGAUUUGUGGCUGCAGGAACUGGGUGGCCCCCGCUUCCUCCCUCACUUCUGCUCUGCUCCCUCCCUUGCUGUCCCCUCCUCGUUCGCCUCCCUUACUGUCAC